CCAUUCUUCUGAGUACCUCCGGCAUCUAGACAGCUUAGAAAUCAUUCCACAAAACCUUCUUGGGGCUUCAUCGUGUUGCAGUUGAUAUUACUAUUUUUUUUUUAUUUUAAGAAAAGAAAUACAUGCAGAUUAAUGGAAUUGUUGAGCUUGACCUCUACUGGCAAACAAUACUAGGAGUUUUGGGGUAAAAGUAAAAAAAAAAAAAAAAGUGGCUUCUAAGGGAAACAAGUGGAGCAACUUAGAGCAAAUUAGGACACAAGGUUUACUCUGCCCUGCAAUUCCAUCCUUACUACCUAACAUUAGAGAAGUUUGGGGUUCACCAGCAAACAUACUCUGGAUUUUGUUUUUGGCUUGUGGCAACUCCUUUCUUCUUUUUCUCUCUCUCACAUAAAAAUAUCCUGAGCCUCACACUUUGGACAGCUACAGACCCCUGUGUUCGAAUGCAUUUGUCACUGGAUACAAUUAGUAUGGUGGAUGACAGCUGCCUCUCACCAGGGAACUUUCAUGAGAUGGUGAAAGGUGGGGGUGCUGCCUCUGGGGGCCGUGUACACAGUAUUGAUGUCAUCCUUGGCUUCAGCAAGGACCAGGACCCUCUACUUAACUCUGCAGGAGCUGGUUCUCAUAAAGUUGUUGUUGAAAGUUUGGGAGAACCAGGAAAAACGAACCCAACCCAUCCAUUUGGUCAUCUGCACUCACUCAGAGAGAGCCAGGAACAGGCUGCCUUCCAUGACUCUAGCCUGUUCUCUAACAAGUGUGACAGCGAUCUAACGGACCUAAGGAAGAAUGUUGAGAAUGACUCCAAAUCACCUGAUCUACUAGAGGAUGAGCAGCCAAAAAAGAAACACAGGCGCAAUCGAACCACCUUCACCACGUAUCAACUGCAUGAACUGGAACGUGCUUUUGAAAAAUCGCAUUACCCGGAUGUGUAUAGCCGUGAGGAACUUGCCAUGAAAGUCAACCUCCCAGAAGUUCGUGUGCAGGUAUGGUUUCAGAAUCGGAGGGCCAAGUGGCGUCGGCAGGAAAAGAUGGAUGCCAGUACCAUGAAGCUUCAUGAUUCCCCUAUGCUGUCUUUCAACCGAACACCAAUGCCUGCCAAUGUGGGCCCGAUCACCAACUCCUUGCCCCUGGAUCCCUGGCUCACCACACCACUGUCAAGUGCCACUUCAGUGCACAGCAUACCUGGUUUCAUGGGGCCAGCUCAAGGGCUGCAGCCUGCCUAUCCCAGCCACUCCUUCCUGAACAGCCCUCCUGCUAUGGCACAAAGUAUGCAACCCAUGUCUGCCCCUCCACCCUAUCAGUGUGCAGCAACUUACACAGAAAAGUACCCACUGGAGGAUGUGGACCAGAGGAGCUCCAGUAUAGCCUCAUUGCGCCUGAAAGCCAAGGAACAUAUCCAGUCUAUGGACAAGACAUGGCAGCCCAUCUGAAACAACGGAGCGCAACUUUGC